UUAAAUAAUGAAUGCUAAAUGUUAACGAAACUAACUUAUAUGCUAUAUUGCCCAUAAGUUAUUUAUACUUGCCAUAUUAUGAAAUCAUUAAAAAUGGAACUAAAUACAAAAUGUAUAAAACUAUAGUGUGUAAUCCAAGAGAAAUGCAAUAAGACUACAGUUCCUCAAAAUGCAAUGUGGAAUAAAAUACCUCUUCAGAAACUACUUAUCACGAAAAUUUGAUCGAAUAAAUCUGAACAAAAUUUGAGCAGAAUUAAUUAAACAAUAAUCAAAAUAAUCUGAAAAAUAAUCUUUGAGCAAAACAUCAAGCAACAAUAUUAAGCAAUUUAAUUCUCCAAAAUGUGUAAAACAACACCUUAAUUGAAACUAAUUAGUCCAUAACUUAACAGAAGCUGAGCAUACACAAAAUGAGUUUCAGUACGUAAUAUUUUAUCAAAAGUUAUUUAAUAUUCAAUGUAUGGAACACGUUUUUGAAACUUCAGUCUAAAACAAGAUAAUAUUUAAACAACGUUUUGAGGAAAAACAUUAAAGAAUACUUUUUUUUUAAAGAAAGAAAGCAAAUGAAAGAAGACGCAAUUUAGAUAUUAAGUUAAGCAAACAAGCUUUAUGAUAGAGUUAAUAAACAAAAAUGCUUUGAAAUACAGUACAUCAUUAACGGACUAAAAUAAUUUGGAGGACGUCGUUGAUAGACAAAGAUGGUUUAAAAUGUUCCUUAAUUGUCAAGAAUGUAAUGUUAAUAGAAGAAAGUACUUCAGAAUACAACAUUGAUGGAAAAGAAUGCAUCAUUGAUAAAAGAAAAUGCUUUUGAUUGUAUCAUUGAUAGACAACACAUUGUUGUGAAGACUCAAGAAGAAAUUAAAAUAUAUAUCAUUGCUAGACAAAAUCUUUUGAAAUACUUUAUUAAUUGACGAAAAGUUUCAGAAGAAAAUAAAUAAUAACAUAUGACUAGAGGAGAAGAACAGUUUAAAUUAUGUUGUUGAUGGAUAAUACAAUACAUUCAUAGACAAAAAACUUUGUUAAUAAGCGAAAAUGUUUUAGAAAAUAUCAUUGAUAGAUAAAGACGUAUCUUUGAAAUUCUAUGGAUCUGAUUUCAAUUUAAAUUUAUCCAACAUAAAUCAGGCAUCAUGUACAGUGAUUGGGACUACAACAAUAAUUUAGUUUAUUCGUCUCCCGAACCACCAAAACAGCAAGGGAUUACUCCGAAUAAUCCAAAUCCUAUGAAUUCUACUGUACUGUGUACUAAUGAGUACUGUGUACCAGACGAAGACUAUAUCGAUAUGAUUGAAGCUUACAUCUUCCCGAAUACAUUUGAGUGGAUUUUGAUAGCUUUUCAUUUGACUGUAUUCCUUGUAGGACUCAUAGGUAACGCCUUAGUAUGCAUAUCUGUUUAUAGAAACCAUUCCAUGAGAACUGUCACUAAUUACUUCAUAGUCAAUCUUGCCGUUGCCGAUUUUCUAGUGAUUCUCUUCUGCUUACCGCCAUCUGUAUUGUGGGAUGUUACAGAAACGUGGUUUUUCGGAAGUAUUAUGUGCAAGUUGGUGCUUUAUCUCCAGAGUGUAUCUGUGUCUGUGUCAGUCUUGACAUUAACAUUCAUCUCCAUUGAUCGAUGGUAUGCUAUUUGCCAUCCACUGAAAUUCAAGAGUACAGCCAGCAGAGCCAAAAAAGCCAUCAUCAUAAUUUGGUUGACAUCCUUUCUUUUAGUCCUUCCAGAUGCCAUUGUCAUGGACACCAGAAAAGUUUCUGCUCUCAAGGUUGACGUCAUAUACUUCACAGACUGUACCUACACUUGGAACAAUCAGUACACCAAAUUAUAUCAGUUACUAAUUGUUUUCUUCCUGUACUGUGCACCGUUUCUGUUUAUGUUAUUCUUUUACUACCAAAUCGUCAAAGUACUCUGGAAUAAGAAUAUACCUGGGAGUGCAGAAGUUAAUUCUCGACAAAUACGGACUGCUGUUGUGCGAAGUAAUGGUAACGGAAACAUAAGCUUAACAUCUGCUACAGCGACAUCUUCAUCUUCAUCAUCAGGAAUUGAGUCCCAAAUAAGGAGCAGAAGAAAAGCUGCUAAAAUGAUCAUAGCAGUGGUAGCUUUAUUUGGUUUGUGCUACUUGCCAGUACAUCUAAUCAAUACCCUUAGGUAUACUGUCGGCUUACCACAAACACAACUGGCAACAGUAGCAUCGUUGAUGUCACACUGGCUUUGUUACGCUAACAGUGCUGUAAAUCCUAUCAUCUACAAUUUCAUGAAUGGAAAGUUUCGCCGAGAGUUCCGCAAAUCAUUCUGUUUCCUGUGCGUGACAGAAACUGAAACUCAGACACCUACUAUAAUGACAAAUACUAUAAGAGGAGUUUAAAAUAGACUGUCUAAAGUAGAAAGACCGACUUUACAGAUGUCUAUGUUGAUUGCAUCGCUGAAAAUGACCUUUCUCAGCACAAAAGAUUUCAACAGGAUUGAACGUCACUAUCUCUAAUUGUUUGAAAUUUAAUUACUAACUUAUGUCAUUAGAUGGAGGGUGUUUAAAUGUAAUUUCAAGCUGAGUUUGAGCUUAUAAUUAAUAUACCACUCAUAUCAAAUGUUCUUCUAUUAUAAAUAUAGUUCCAUCAAUUGCUAUAUUCUUGAAGUGUAAAAUAACUUAAAUAAAUUGAAAUUUAUAGGUAAUUAAAUUUUCAAUUAAUUAUUAAAUACAUACUAUGAAUGUUUCUCUGAAAUAAUGUAUCCUUUGAAAUCAAAUCCCUGUGUAACAAUAACAUUUAUAAUAACAAUUUGUAAUUUAAAUAGUCAUUGUCUCAGAUGUAGUUCUGAACUUUCAUGUACCGAGACAGUUUCCACAGAGCACAAGCAAUCUCAAAAACCUAUUUAACAAGCACUAAUGGACGAAAAUAUUUCUAAGUGAACCCAAAAAAACUUUUUUGUUUCAUCCACUCUCAAUUGAAAAUUUUUAUGCAUAUUUUAGGAAUAUUGCAAGUCUCUUUAAGGCUGUUCUUCGAAGGAUCUAUCGUCAUAUGAUAUGAUGCUAUUUUGUGAAUAAUUUGCUAUUUUUAUAACUACUAAGGAGUUGCAACAGCUAAUCAUGACGGUAGGCUAAAGUUUAUAGCCUAGCUAAAGCCAUCGCUGUCUAUGCUUAUUUUGAAAAUGGCACAAAAUGUCAAUAAAGUUUUUGUAAAUGAAAAGCGGUUGUGGUUUAAUUUUGUCGAAGGAUGCAUAUCGAAGGAUGAAGAUGCACCUGGGCUCAUAAAAAUUUGCAGAAGCUGAGAAUACGGUAGAGAUUUUGAUAAUUUCCAUCUAGGUGGGAAAAUGUCACCGAAUGGGCGAACUUAAAAAAGUUUAAUAACUUUUAAAAUAUUUAAGUUAUUUUUUUGUUUUAAGCCCAAAUAAUUCUUUACGGUAAGAUUAUAUGCAUACUUAGUUUAAAAUCACCACAUUGCAAGGCACAAAAAACAGCUUCGCAAAAACAGUGUUAACUUUCAAAUGCUUUGCCGUAGAGGGCAUCAUUCUGUUAUUCAUUUAUUAAAUAUAAAACUAAUAUUAAGAACAAAGAUUUAAGGCUAAGUUUUAAAUAAGUUUUUAUGUUUUGUUCUUACGUUUGAUAUAACGUCGUUUAUCUACUUAAAAAUAUAUCAUCUGAUACUAAAUUGUGCAACAUUUUGAGCUGUUCUCAUUUUGUGCUAGUUUGUGUUAAAAUCGUUAAAGCAAUGCUUUUGCAGAAUUAAUUAUUGUAUGAAGCCAAGAAUUUCAAAAUUUAUUAACAACUUAGUAAAUAUUACGAAAAUUUACUCCUUUAUUCACCUUCCAGUCUCAUUAAUUUAUGUUCUUGUAAUAAAUUGUUGCUGAAAAAUUAAUAUAUAUUGAAACAUUUUAUGAAUGAUAAAUCAAAUCUUACUAUUAAAUAAGAAAUAAGUAAAUAAAUAAAACGCAUAUUAUUUAACCUACACAAUUAACACAAGCAUAAGACGCAAUUUAUUUGUAAAUAUAAAUUUGUCCAACUGUAUCUAUAAAGAGAUGGAAAAAAGUUUUACAGAAGUACUCGAAUCUGCAAAUUUUCUUGAAAUUGUUUCAAAUAGAAAAGCUGAAAUAACCACAUAAAAUAGUGAUAUGAUAUAUAAAUGUUUCACAUAUUUUAUGGUUUAUACUUUUAUGAAGUAAAUAAAUAUGAAAACCUUUUGGGACAUCAAUCAAGUUUAAACAUGUUUUGCAUGUUACUCUCUUAUUUUUAAAUAAACGUGUACAUACAAUUUAAUAAAAUUUAUUACUUCCUUUAUAGAAGAUAUUCAAGCGAACUUCUGGCGGCAAACUAUGAACAACAACUCCACCAUAUUAUUUUAAAGUAUGUUGCCAUGUUUUUCACUUUGUACACUUCCUUACAAAUAAAUGCUAUUUUAGAGACCAGAAAAAAUAAGAUUUAUGGCUUUUAAUGUACAAAAAUAUCCAUCUUGUUCUACUCAAAGCUAAUACAAUGAAAUCACUUUAUAUAAAUCCUACAUUAAUAUUCAACGAGAUUUCAGAUCUAAUGAAAAAAAUAGUCACAAUAUGUGCUAGAAUGCAUUUUUUCCGACACUUUUUUCACUUCUUCUCAAAUUAAAGAAAAGGAAUGAUUUCGGAAAUAUAAAAUGAAUAUUAGUAGUAAUGAAAAACAGUAUAACAGUCUAAAAACAUCUGUUACACUAUGAAUAUGCCAAAAAAAAAAAGAAAACACGUGACUUAGAAGAAAAACGCUAUCUGUAGAACCAUUAAAAAAAUUAGAACAGCUUUUUGAAACUGCAGAAGAUACAAAUAAGGAAUUAUUGCGCCUGAAGACGAAAAAUAAAAGAAACAUUUAAAGCAAUAUAAUUAAAUACAUCAAAUACUGUCAUCAAAGUUUCUUCAACUUAGGUAAAGACUGCCAAAGGCGAUGAAAAGCUUUCUAACUUUCUGCAAAAGUUGUAAAUCAUUAAAAACAAUAACUGCUUGUAGAUUGGUAACAUUUCCUGUCGAAAUUAUAAUUUACAUGCUAAAAAAAUGUUGGAUUAAGUUGAUUUCUAAUUAAAUGAAUGUAUAUACAAACCAUGCUUUCCCUCCAACAAAUAAAUUGGUUUAUUGCCUUAUGUAAAAAUUUAUUAUUAUUGAAUGAUGUAAGAUAAUUUUAAAUAUUUCAUGAAGAUGCUAUAUAAGGGGAGAGUUUUGAGUUUUUUUUUUAUUUUCAAGAUAAUUUAAAAAUUGGUUUUUCUAAUAAAUUGAUUGUUUUGAACAAUUUUUAAUGCAAAACAGUGCUUUUUUUUCUAAAAUCAUUAAUCCCUAAAAAAUAUUCAAGUGAUGGGUACUAUUAUGUAGAAAAAGGGAUUAUAUUUAAACUAUUUAUAUGGCAGUUUAUGGGCUGUAGUGAAAGCUAUAUUUAACUAAAAUUUAAUAUAAUGAAAUGUAUUCUAUUUAUAAUGAAAAUUAAUGACUCUAUCAUAAUUCAUAUAUAGUGCUAUUAAAAUCAAAACUCAAUAUUUACUAAAUCGUAAAAUAUGUCUUAAAAGUGUUGUUAUUUUCAAUGAACAAAUAUAAAUUUAUGAUUCGCAAAAUUUUCUUUUGCAUAAAUAAAAAUAAACCGUUAUUGAUGACAAAAAAGAACCAUUGUUUACAAUUAUAAUGUUAAUAAUCCCUAUUUUUGAAUAUUAAUUUCAAUACAAAGCAUGUGCGCGAAAUGGAGAAAAAAGAAUGGAAUAACUAAAUUGGGUUCUUUCGACUAAUCACUUGUUGCGUCCAAUCACGUGGUUGUUCAUGGUGUGUUGACGCUACUGCUUUAAGGCUUGGAUUAUUAUUAUGCUGUUUCAAUUUUCAAAUCAGAUUUAAUUGGGUACCUGCAAGUGACGUCCGGCAUGUGUAUCAAACCUGAUUGGCUUAUCCACGCGUGACGUCGCUUGCCGGUAUCCAAUCGCUUUUAAAAUAAUUUUCUCGUACUAAAGUGCAAUUGUAAUAAGAAACUAACCUUAAAUAUACUAAGUAAUUUGUGUAGACACUAUUUCAAGCUACAAAAAUUAGUUUUCUCUGAAUAAACAUGCCGUUUUUGGACGAUUUCUUAAUUCGCAAAAUAUAGGGGUAGUCGCAAAUAUGAUCAAAAUAACUUAUUUAAAAUGCAAUCAAAAAUUUGAACUACUAUUAAAUUUAUUUUUGCUUAUUUUGCUCCAUAUCAGGAAGUAUUAAAUCAAAUUGAUAUUAUUUAAUCACUGGUAGGUAUUUUAUUUACGACGUUAUUUUAUUUAUGCACUAAAGCUGCACAAUGGGCUAUUGGCGACGGUCAGGAACCAUCCCUGAUGAUCCGAAGUAAGCCAUCACAACUUUAAUCCUUUGCGGAGGGGAUGUCGUCCCCGUUUUGAUAGCGACCAGCGCAAGAAGUAAAGCUUUUUACGGUGGAACAGUUUAACGAGGACCGAUACCACCAAUCUCUGUCACUAGGUAAGCUGAUCAAAAUGGUCACCCACUCGCUUACUGACAGCAGCCAGUGAUGAUUGACUUUGGUGUUCUACUGGGAACCGUGUCUUUACGAUCAGUCCACUGCGGGGCAUUUAAGUGUUGGAUAAAUGCAUUGUUUUUUUAAUGAUUUUAUUCUCUGGUUUGGUAUUACGGAUCAUUAAUGAUUCAUCUGAGUUUGAUAUAAUUUCUUCACUUGAAUUCAUUUAGGAUUUUCACUUUUUAUUUUUCAAAUAUACUAAAAACAAGUUUGAGGCAGGUAUAAUAAUAACUCUUACAUUUUAAAUUUCCACUAGACUAAAUUUGAUGAAAAGCAUCUCGAUUUCCAUGUAGGCUGUAAGAUGUUCAUGUGUGUAGUGCUCCCAUCUAAAAUAAAUUCCGUAAACAUUUAAAGUACCCAUCUAGAAACAAUACUAAUGAACAAGAAAAUGUCAUAAUGGUAUGUGUGGAAGAAGCAGCAAUACAUUUAUUUAAAAAAUUCAUAUUUAAAAAGGUUUUAAGGAAACGCUUUCUCUAUUAAAAGCUUGUUCGGUUAUAAGAAAAUAAUUGAAUUUCUGGUGUUGUCCUUCUAUCAGUUUACAAAGUCAUAUCUGUUCCUUACUGUACAUUUACAAAGCAUGAAUUCCUAUUCAUUUUAAGCAUGCUCAUCUGUAUAUAUAGAGUCCUACAGUAUUUAUUUUAUAUACAUUCCAGUAAAGUCUAUUCAGUGUGUAUUUUUAAUUCUAUGUGUGUUGCAAGUCUUAAAAUAAAUAAAAACCUUCAUAUUUUUAUGUUAUUAUGUAAGUAUAAUACUGUAUGUAUAUUGUGUCAUGUAAAUAAAGAUGUGUAAAUAACUUACCUUCAAAUUAAAGCAA